GUAUAAAUGGAAUCUCGAUUAACGGAGCAGGAGACACCGAUUCAGACGCACACUCACACCUGUUGGCUCUAAAGAUGAGUCGCACUACGAUUCAGUCUGCCUGAGUAAAUCCUUCUCCCCACAGACUCCGCUGUUUUAUACUUUAGAUGGACAGAUCACUCAUGUUCCAGGUGUCCUGCUCUCUGCUUGGUCUGGCUCUUGUCCUUUUCUCCUUUCCUGAUUAUGCUUCACUGCACCAAACAUUUGAAAACACCUCAGGAGCUGUGUUUCCUGGCUCUGUGUUUGUGAAGGAGGCACUUCAGAGGGCGACCGAGCUGACUGAUGCUGCAUAUGCUCACACAAAUGAAAGAGGAAAGAAAUCCUUGUCUGAAGGCACACUGAAAUCCAGUGACCUGCUCGCUCACUUCAAACACACAGAAGCCAGAACCAGGACUCACAUCCGAGCUGCAGAACUCCUGGACAACACAGUCGAGCUGAUCAGAGAGAUGGUCUACACUCACACUAUGGUGCAGCCCAACGCUCAUGAGCUGCUGAGUGAAGCAGAUGUGGAGAAUCUGCUGCAGUUGACGGGCUGCUCUGCUGAGCUGCAGAGACCCAGCUGUCAGAGCGACUGUCAGUCCGAGCGCUACAGAUCCAUCACAGGAGAGUGCAACAGCAGACAGCACCCCAGAUGGGGAGCUGCAAACAUCCCUUAUUCCCGUUGGCUGCCUCCUGAGUAUGAGGACAUAUGGGGGAAGCCCAGAGGCUGGGACCCAGUUCAGACCUACCACAACGUCAGCCUGCCUCCAGUGCGGCUGGUUUCUCAGGAGGUGCUGUUCACCCACAAUGACAACAUUUCACUGGACUCCACUCUGUCUCACCUGCUGGUGGAGUGGGGUCAGUGGAUCGACCAUGAUGUGGUGCUGACACCUCAGAGUCCCAGCACAGCUGCUUUCAAGACCGGCGCUGACUGUACACACACCUGCAGCCGGGAAACUCCCUGCUUCCCCAUACAGAUCCCUCUGUCUGAUCGUCGUCAUGGCAUCCAGAGCUGCAUGCCUUUCUUCCGUUCAGCUCCCAGCUGUGGUGCAGGAGUCCUCCCUCAUCGCCACAGAGAGCAGCUCAAUGCCAUCACCUCCUUUGUCGAUGCCAGCAUGGUAUACGGCAGCUCCACCGGUGUAGCAUCAGCUCUGAGAAACCACUCCUCUCCUCUGGGCUCUAUGGCCAUCAACACCCAGCACUCAGACCAGGGGCUGCCCUACAUGCCCUUCCUGCCUCCCCAGAAGUCGCACCUGGAUCCCUGUGGUCCUCGAAAUGCCACCACCUCAGGAACAUCAGACAGAGCCAUGCACAGGGAGAACAACACAUCCUGCUUUCAAGCUGGAGAUUCAAGAGCCAAUGAACAUCUGGGAAUGAUAGCGCUGCACACACUCUUUCUGAGAGAGCACAACCGCCUGGUCGAUGAGCUGCACCUGCUCAACCCUCACUGGAGCCCAGACACCCUCUAUCAGGAGGCUCGCAAGAUCAUAGGAGCCGUUCAUCAGAUCCUGACUUGGGACCACUACCUCCCGCAGGUCCUCGGCGAUGUCGCCAUGUCGCGUCUGAUGCCUCCCUAUGACGGUUAUAAUCCCGACAUGGAUCCAAGCAUCGCAAACGUCUUCGCAGCUGCUGCGUUUCGUUUCGCUCAUGUGACGGUGCAGCCAGUGGUGAGCAGGCUGGGGCCAGGAUACACCACCAACUCCCAGCACCCUCCGCUGCCUCUGCAUCAUUCACUGUUCGCCUCUUGGAGGGUAGUGCAGGAAGGUGGUAUAGACCCUGUGCUGCGUGGCCUGUUGUUGUCUCCAGCCAAGCUACAGACUCCAGGUCAGAUGAUGGUGGAGGAGCUGACUGAGAGGCUGUUUCAGGCACAGGGAGGGAUGCCUCUGGACCUCGGGGCCCUGAACCUUCAAAGGGGUCGAGACCACGGUUUGCCUGGAUACGGCUCGUGGCGGAGUUUCUGCGGCCUCUCUGUUCCCAACUCCACAGCUGAUUUGGCAGAAAUCCUCGAUAGUUCAGUUUUGGCUCACAAAUUCCAGCUCCUGUAUGGGACGCCCCACAAUAUCGACGUGUGGGUGGGAGCCAUUUCGGAGCCCACUCUGCCUGGAGGCCGGGUUGGUCCACUCCUGGCCUGUCUACUGGCCAGGCAGUUCAGAGCCCUAAGAGAUGGAGACAGGUUCUGGUGGGAGAGGGAGGGAGUGUUCACCAGCAGCCAGAGGAGACACCUCCGCCCCGUCUCUCUGUCCCGCAUUAUUUGUGAUAACAGCCACAUCACCUCUGUCCCUGCUGACCCAUUCUCACGCACUGGGAGCCCAGAGGACAUGCUGCCGUGUUCUCACCCACUCAUCCCCCGCCUUGACCUCAGCCCCUGGAAAGAACCAGACACGGAUACCAGCUGCGGUCCAAUACCCAGGAUCCAGUUCGGCUACUCACUGCUCUGUGACUCUGUGAUUGUGUAUCAGUGUCAUUUGGGCUUCAAGUUGCUAGGACCUUCGUCUGUGAGCUGUGACACAAACAGCCACCAAUGGAACUCUACACCUCCAAUAUGUCAAGACAUUAAUGAAUGUGAGGAACAGAAUUCUCCUUGUCCACAAAGCCACGAGUGCUUCAACACAGGGGGCUCCUUUGUUUGCUCAGAGCCCUCCUCACUGUCUGCCGCCGCCACAGUCGCUGCAGUGAUAGUAGUUAUUGGUGGUGUGGCCCUGCUGGCGAUGAUCCUCAUCUGUUAUCAAAGACGUUUCCCCAGGAAAGAAGAGUUUACCAGUCCUGGACGAUGCCAAGAGAAAAGUUAAAGGACUUGUAUUUGUGAGACUUUGGCCAAAUUGUGUCGUUUCACUUGACUUCCUAAAUAUUUAUUUGUGGACUUCUGAAUCGUCUUUAUGUAUUUAAAUGUCUACAGCAUAAGAAUCAUUUCUCUUGUUAAAUUGUAAUCGCACUAAGGCUGAACAAAAAAACGUUGUACAUGACGAUUAUAAUUAUGUCUGUUGUUGAACACAUAACAUGGGAUGGUUUGACCUGAUUACACAUAGUGUCACUGUGACCUGCCUGACAGCACCCAUUCAUUAUCAACAGGUUCAAUUAUUUAUUAAAGUCUACUGUAAUCAGACUGAAGAGGCCUUGGAAACACAAGAGUCCUUUCAAUCUGAAAACAAAAAAAUCUUACUGGAAUGUUUGCUCUAAAGGUUUUCCAUGAGUGAGUCAGGGAGUGUCUCAGAGCACUUUUAUCUUAAUUGAAAAAAAAGAAAUGUUCCAAGUGUAAUAGUUUUUUAAUCGUGUCAUGUAAUUGUACUGCUUUGCAAUGAUUAACAGUGAUGAGUCAUCAGUCCCUACACUCAGUGUAGUCUAUUUUACUGCUUUACUGCAACUUUAUGCAAACAUGACCAGUAACUCACACAUGGUAUAAAGGCUUGUUUUUAAUGGAGUGUUGACAUGGAUGCAGAAUGAAUGGAUGACACAGGUUUUUUCCAGGAUAAGAACCUCAGAGCCAUUGAUGAGGCGAUUAUUGCACUUCCUGAUAAGUCUUCAUUUUAACUUUCAAAAAGCGUUUUCUUUUUUUGUAAAAACGGAUUCAUACUUAUGACACUUUAUGGCAAGAUAACUAAAAUAAAAUAUACGCAUAGUAUGGUUAAGUACUGCAUUCAUGCAUAGUCAUUUAUGGCUUACGCUGUCAUGUACACACUACAGUUCAUUGCAGUAGUGUGUAUACUGUGAUAAUGUCUUAAAGCUUGUUCAUGUAACGCUGUUUUGAAUGUGGAAUAAUACUUCAAUAAUAACAUAUCUGAUAACGUACAGGCAUGAACUAUGUCUUGUUUCAUUUGGGUUUUCCACACAAGGCCUCUAGAACAAACAUGUGGUGCAAGAGUGCAUCAGCUCAGUGAAAGUGAUAUACUUAGACAUCUCAGCCCAGAACUGAGAGCAGCUAUAGAUGCUUGUGUAUCUGUUCUGUAUUAACGUAAAAGCAGCCCUGAUCGCUGUUCUAUGGAAACUACAUGGAUACUGUUGGUCUCAUGUAUCCUUCAUCUUACAUAUUGUUGUCCCACUAUGUAAUAUUUGAGAUAAUAGACCAACUAUCCAUCUCAAUUGUUUUAUAAUGUUGUAAGACUCACAAGAUGAAAAACAACUUCCACCACUAGUGGAGAGAAAUAAUGAAGCCCUGCAGUAAAACGGAAUAAUAUAUUGUGCAUUUCUUGAAGUAACACUGUUUUUUUUGUUUGUUUGUUUAUUUCCCAAAAUAAAUGUAUUUAGCUGUGGUUCAAUUAAAAUUUUCUCAUGAGAUAACUGAAA